UAUAAAAAUGUUCAUAAAGUGAGAGCACAAUAAAUGCUUUCAUUUUACUGGACCGUCGAAUCUAUAGUAAUCUUAUUAGCGACAUUUUUUUCUUGGGCAUUGUUUCUGAGCAAAAAUUUUUAGCAUGACUAAUCGCCCAGCAUAAUACGAUCAAGUUCAGCCGUCCUGUCUUUCUUCAAAGAUGACGAGAUAUCAAGGUUCCAUUCCCAAGAGGAAAACUGGCCCUUUGCCGCAACCAACGACGCCCAUGGUGUCAGCUCCUCCACCAACAGUCCCCGUCCGGGGACAUAAUUCUGUCAUGAGCACCACGAGCGAAAUCAUGGACAGAGAACGGGCCAGCAUUUUUGCUUCCAGUAACUCUGCCACUGUCGGCACAACCGCCACAAACCCACUGACUUCCACUUUUGACGACCCCUUCGAAGAUGAGUCAGGUUUGGAAGGAGAUGAGAAUGAAUCGACUUUGCUUGGUCCAGAUUCCAAAGCAGAAUCCGUGACCAAUGUGGACUCUAACCAAUAUCUCAGCACCAAGAAGGCACAAUUCCGCAAGUACUUAAUCAAAACGGGAUUUAAAAAUGCCAUUAUUCGAUCAUUUGUCGCCUUAUAUGAAGACAAACAAAAGCCUGAUGAACCACUGGCUUGGAUCAUGGGUUUUCUGGGGCAUGGAAUCCCAACAUCAGCAGACUUGGAAAAACACCGAACUCAGGCAAAAGAAAUUCGGGAGAAAAUUGAGAAAUUACAACAAGAAAAUUUCGAGCUGAGGUUGAAAAUUGAUGAGCGUGAGCAUGCGACGCAACCAGCUUCGUUGGCUGACCAGCAGUUAAAAAAGUUGAUGGAUGAAUUGACCGAGUCUGGAGCAUUUGCACCGAUCGCAGGAAUGGAGGACGAAAAUGUAUAA